AUGACCUCUCCUCUUAGAUUUGAAGCUGAUAUGUCUAUGAUUGAGGGUGAGAAACUAUCACCAAUAAAGAUUCCUCAUUCUAGGCUUUCUACAACUACAAAGAGCCCAGAUAUCUUGGCAAAGCAUCCUCAUGGAUUAAGUGCUAAACAUGAUGCUAGAAGAAAUACAGUGCAUAAUGAGACACCAAAGGGAUUGACCGCCACUCCUUUGACAAAGAAAGCAGAACCAUUGUAUUCAGUCAAUAAAAGAGCUCCUCUAACCUCACCACGAGCUGCCAAUCAACCAAACUUGGAUUCAUUGAAAAAAUCCAAAACCAAAUUAGACGCCAGGUUAUAUGAGCUAAAGUCGUCAAGUCGCCAUGGAAGUCCAUCUAAUAAGGAGAACUUGUAUAAUUCUGGUAGAAAUAUUCAAGCCAGUCAAUUAUCUAGUGAGGUGAAUUCAUCUAUAUCGCAUAAAAGUCCGUUUGAGUCGUCACCUUCAAAAAUAGAUACUCCCAUAAAGCAGAUCAAUUCAUCACUUGCAAAAGAUGUGGAGAGUUCUCCACCCAAAAGUAGCCCUUCUAAGACGGACAAACGUAGCAUUGAAGAUUCUACUAUUGAGAAUUCUCGCAAGAUUGCCAAGGUCAUCACUAAUGCUAAUGAAUCAGAAAUUUCACAUCAUAAUUCUGAUGAUGAGCAUCUGGUUCAAAUUGAUCAGGUAUUUAAUAAAGAAGAUUUAGUUGGUCGCUUCAGCUCUGGGGCCUCACCUGCUAAAUUACAGGAGCCCACGGUCAUUGAUGAAGAUAGUGAUGGCGAUAUCUACAAUAAUGAGGUUAAUACAUCGCACACAACAUUGUCAAAAUUUCGUGGCAAUGAAAGCACCCAACUCAGUAGAAUCAUAAAGAUUACUGAUGAGGUUGAUUAUGUUACGCCUCAGAGAUAUACCGAGCCAAUCGCCAAAAGUCCCGAAACCAAUCAACAACACCGCAUUCAAGAAAAUAUUCCCGAUAAUAAUGGAUUAAAGGAAGCAAUUAGUCCAUUAAAAAAUCAUAGGUUAUCGGUCAAUAAUGAACAAAAUGAAGAUCAUGCAUCACCUAAUAAGAUCGAGGACGAAAAUUCUGAUUUAGAAUUUAAUGAAUUAGAAGAUGAACCAACAAUCAAUUUCUUGUUGUCACCAAAUUCAAAACCAGUUUUCUCGCUAGAUCAUAUAAAAAAGGUUCAAGAUGAUCAUUUCAAGGAAGUUGUGAAUUUGGAGGAAGUUAUCAAUAACAAAAAUCAAGAGAUAUUAAGGUUCUCUGAAGAGUUGUCUGCUACAAAUAAUAAAUUUUUGAUAUAUGAUCAAAAAAUUAAGGAAUUGAAGCAGGAUAAGAAAAAAUUGGCUGCAAAUGAGAAUUUAUUGUUAAUACAACUCAAACACAAUGAACGGGAGUUAGCGUCGAUGACAAAGGCUUUAAGAAUCAAAGAGAAUAACGUUACUCAAUUAGAAUCAAGAUUAUCAAAGAGUAAAAGUAAAUGCGAAUCCAUAGCAAAGAAUUUGGAAUCUGUCAUCCAAGAAGGUGAAUCAUUAAGAGAACAUAUUAAAAAAUUAGAAAAGAGUGUCGAAGACAAAAGCAUUUCACAGAAAGAAUAUGAAACUCAAAUAAAAACCCUUGACGAUGAAAUCAAAGCAAAGAAUAGUGAAAUAUCCUCAUUAACCGAUGCGAAUAUCGAUUAUAACAUUAAAGUUGAAAAUUUAUUAAGCGAAAAGGAAGAAUUACUCAAUGAGACUGAACGCUUGGGAAGGGAAAACAACGGGUUAGAGGAAAUAAAUUCAAAACAACAAGAAUUGCUUGAAGAAUUAGACAAGCUUGAGAAUCUUGCUAAGGAUAAAAUAACGAAUCUUGAAAGUACCCUUGAUGCCAAAGUACGAGAAAUCAAACUAGUAAUGACUGAAAAGGAUGAGCUAUUAACUAAGCUUGAUCGCAUAACAGAAGAAACUAAGAUCCUGGAACGAGAAUUGCAGCAAUCAAAGACUGAAAUUGAGGACUUAACGAACAAAUUGAAUAAUUAUAAUGAUGCUAGAAAUGAAUUGAAUGACAAUAUCAAUGGUUUACAGAAAGAUUUAGAUAAGUCUAAUGAAGCAAACAAAGCAUUGCAGAAUAGAGUAAAUGAAUUAAUUCAAGAAAUCGAAAAGCUUAAUCAGAAUGUAAGUGAGUCUGAAACACAAGUGGAUUUGUUAAAGUCUAUUAAUACUGAAAAAGAUGAAAUUAUAAGUGGUGAUACUAAGAAAAUGGGAGAAUUGGUCCAAAAAGUAAAUAAGCAGAAACAAAUUAUUGCUGAUUACGAAAAGGAUUAUUCGAAGGCCUUGGAAGACAUUAAAUCCCUCCAGUCUGAGAGUAAAGACUCUUCUUUGAAUGAACAAGUUGAAGAUUUGAAAAAGCAAGUUUCUGAGGGCCAAGCGAAAACGAACGCAAGAAUUCAGGAAGUGGCUGAACAACUUUACUUCGAAUAUUCAAAGAAACAUGAAUUGAAGGUUAAUCAAGUAAGAGCUAGUUUCAAAAAGCAAAUUGAUAACUUGCAUUUUGAAAAGAAGUCACAAGCUAGAGAUAUUGAUAGUUUGCAGAAGAAACUAGAGAUUGUUAAUAUGGAAAAAAAUCAAUUGUUGCGUUUAAUCGAUGAAUAUCAAUCCGGCUCUGAUCCUAGCUCUAAGAAGAAGCUAAGUCCCAAGAAAUCAGGAAUUAAGAAACCUCUGAGAUAUUAG